ACCUCCCACCGGCUGUCUGUCUGCUGUCUGUGAAGAGGGGCGGGUAGGCUGCCGGGUUAACUCAACGCUCAGUAGAAAGUCACCAGAAGCCACCAGCAAACAUGGCCAAGCCACUCACAGACCAGGACAAGAGGAAGCAGAUCUCGGUCCGCGGACUAGCCGGGGUGGAGAACGUCGCGGACCUGAAAACUAAUUUUAAUCGGCACCUCCACUUUACCCUGGUGAAAGACCGGAACGUGGCCACCAAACGGGACUACUACUUUGCCCUGGCCAAUACGGUCCGGGACUACCUGGUGGGCCGCUGGAUCCGGACGCAGCAGCAUUACUAUGAGAAAGACCCGAAACGUGUCUACUACCUCUCCCUGGAGUUUUACAUGGGCCGGACUCUGCAGAACACCAUGGUUAACCUGGCUUUGGAGAACGCCUGCGAUGAAGCCACAUACCAGCUGGGUCUGGACAUGGAGGAGCUGCAGGACAUCGAGGAAGAUGCUGGUCUAGGCAACGGCGGGCUGGGUCGUCUGGCUGCGUGUUUCCUAGACUCCAUGGCCUCUCUGGGUCUGGCUGCUUAUGGAUACGGCAUCCGCUAUGAGUUUGGCAUCUUCAAUCAGAAAAUCGUAAACGGCUGGCAGGUGGAAGAAGCUGACGACUGGCUACGUUAUGGUAACCCCUGGGAGAAGGCUCGCCCUGAGUACAUGCGCCCGGUCCACUUCUACGGGAGAGUGGAGCACACAGCCGACGGAGUGAAGUGGGUCGACACACAGGUGGUCCUGGCUCUUCCCUAUGACACCCCAGUCCCCGGCUACAGGAACAACAUCGUCAACACCAUGAGACUGUGGUCCGCUAAGGCCCCGUGUGACUUUAACCUCAAAGACUUUAACGUCGGCGGCUACAUUCAGGCUGUGCUGGACAGAAACCUGGCCGAGAACAUCUCCAGGGUUCUGUACCCCAACGACAACUUCUUCGAAGGGAAGGAGCUGCGUCUGAAGCAGGAGUACUUUGUCGUAGCAGCAACUCUUCAAGACAUCAUCCGUCGAUUCAAAGCCUCCAAGUUUGGCUCUACAGAGUUUGUGCGUCUUGACCUUUCUACACUGCCAGACAUGCCUCCCCCCACAUGUCAAAUAAUACUACUCUUAUGUGGUAAUCGUGUUAUUUAGAGGAUUGGUGAAGACUACAUCCGCGACCUGGACCAGCUGAAGCAGCUUCUGGAAUUUGUGGACGAUGACUCCUUCAUUCGGGAUGUUGCCAAAAUCAAACAGGAGAACAAGAUGAAGUUUGCUGCGUAUCUUGAAGAGCACUACAAGGUGAAGAUCAACCCCAACUCCAUGUUUGAUGUCCACGUGAAGAGGAUCCACGAGUAUAAGAGACAGCUGCUCAACUGCCUGCACAUCAUCACACUGUACAAUCGAAUUAAGAAGGAACCCAACAAGUCAUGGACCCCAAGGACGGUCAUGAUUGGUGGAAAGGCAGCUCCAGGUUACCACACUGCCAAGAUGAUCAUCAAGCUGAUCACAUCCAUUGGCGACAUCGUCAAUAACGACCCUGUGGUGGGAGAUCGCCUCAAAGUCAUCUUCCUGGAGAAUUAUCGGGUGACUCUGGCUGAGAAGGUCAUCCCUGCAUCUGACCUGUCGGAGCAGAUCUCCACGGCGGGCACUGAGGCCUCUGGCACCGGGAACAUGAAGUUCAUGCUGAACGGAGCCCUCACCAUCGGCACGAUGGACGGAGCCAACGUGGAAAUGGCAGAGGAAGCUGGAGAGGAGAACCUCUUCAUCUUCGGCAUGAGGGUGGAAGAUGUGGAGGCUCUGGACAAGAAGGGCUAUGACGCUGUGUCGUACUACAACCGUAUCCCUGAGCUGAAGCAGGCAAUGGACCAGAUAUCUGGAGACACCUUUAGCCCCGGCCAGCCCGACCUGUUCAAAGACCUCGUCAACAUGCUGAUGCACCACGACAGGUUCAAGGUGUUUGCCGACUAUGAAGACUACAUCAAAUGUCAAGAGAAAGUCAGCGCACUCUAUAAGAACCCUAAAGAGUGGACCAAGAUGGUGAUCCAUAACAUCGCCGGCUGUGGUAAAUUCUCCAGUGACCGCACCAUCUCCCAGUAUGCCAGGGAGAUCUGGGGCAUGGAGCCCAGUUUGGAGAAAAUCGCCGCUCCUGAUGAUCCUCGCUAAACCACAUCUGCCUCUCCCCCACCUUACUGUAGCCCACCAUGUGGUCUGACCACUGGUGAAUACCCCUGUAGCUUUUUCACUGUGUACUGUGGCAUUGUUUCUUUACAUCACUGACCUCUGUACAACCUCUAUUACUUCCUGUUCAUCCAGCAGUAACAUGUAUUGAAAUGGGCUUAUUCAGAAUCUGUAUUUUUUUCCUCUGUGCACCAGCAAUGCAUACUGUCACUGUUGGGUGAAAACCUUGUAACUCCACGUCAGCCUUUCAGCAGCUAAGAAAAAGCCUUGAUUUACUUUGGAAUCAUGGGAUUCUUUAGUUGUAGUAAAAGCGUUAAAGACAUCCUUCUUAUUUUGUUAGAAUUCCCAAAGACCAUAUCUUCAGAAUUCCAUACUACAGUUUUCACACAGCAGUGAUUUGAACCACAGUUAACCCUUCCUAAACCCCGCCCCUUUUGGAACAUCUGUCAACUUCCUCCUUUCCUGUACAUUAGAUAUGCUAUGUGCUAUGCUCGUCUUUAUUUAAAAGACAACCACAUUUUGAAGAUGGUUGAAAGUUAAAAGCGACAUAGUCAAAUCUGAAGUUCUCUAAUGUUAGCAAAAUGCUAUCUAACUUUUUCUAACAUAAGCUAACUUAAGAUAAUAAAAGACCUAAGAUAGCAAAAACUAGCCAACUACCUAGCAAAUUUACUUUAAUCAUUAGCUAGCUAGUUUAAUUUAAUGAUAGCUAAACACUAGCUAAUAAGCUAGAUAAUUGAGGUAGUUUGCUAACAUUGGCUAACUUCAGAUUUGACUAUAUGUCGCUUUUAACUUUCAACCAUCUUCAAAAUGUGUUUGUCUUUUAAAUAAAGACGAGCAUAGCACAUUUACGUACAGGGAAGGAGGAAGUUGACCCGAGGCUUGCUCAACUGUUAUUGGAGCACAGAGCAAAAAGGGGCGGUACUUAGGAAGGGUGAAUUCUAACUACAUUCCCCUUUUACUUCUGAGCCAGUAUGGCUACAAAAACCCAGCAAAUAUGCCAAUAAACCUCAGCACUGUUAUGGUUUUAAACCAACCCAUGUCUUCCAAUGAAGAAAGGGGACACACAGUGGGUAAUGUGCACCACGGCCUCGCUGCAGCACUGUGAGUGGAUGGUGUUGGAAGGAAGCCAUGCCUCCAUAUUCACCGCAGAUUAAUGUUCUUAUUAAUAUUUCAUUUUCAAAGACUCUCCGACUGCUCUCUGUGUUUUAUGGUGUUUGCCGAGUAUACCCGUUUGUGUGUGUGUAUUAUCAUUAAUGGUCAGGGGAGCCGUGCUAUGCAGAUGUAUUGACCCACCAGUGACUUCCUCAGCAUGUUUGUGUCUCAUUCUACUGUACUCUGUUCCUAAAAGUGGCCUGUGUUAGAAAUUAACAAAGCCUUCUCUGCCUAAAACCUAAGUGACUGAAUUUAUCUUUGGAAGGUGUGUGUGUAUUCUGUGUAGUUAAUGUGUGUGUAUAACAUAGACUCCAUUGCACUGUGCGUAUCAGUUCGAUUGAUGUACUGUAACAACAUACUGUCCUGCUUCAGCUCCUGCAUAUGACUGUCUGUCUGAUUGCUCUGGUGCCAGCUGCAGAAACAUCUGUCCACUCCAUUGAACCUCAGUCAGUGCUUUUCUUUUUUUGGUCAAUAAAUGACAAAACUACUUCGACAA